CGCGCUUCUUGGCUGGGACAACCGAGAAGGUCGACGGCACUGGCGAUAUGCUGCCCGACGAAAAAGGAAGCACGGAUUUCCUGAAACGAUACAGCGGCGCCGUAGUGUACCUCACUCUUCCCCACAAGAUCACCGACUACAAGUCUAUUGGCGUUUAUUGCACGAAAGCAUCGGCUGACUUCGGCCACGUGAAGGUGCCUGACACAUUUGUGCUGCCAAAAGAACAGAGCCUGGGCAAGCUGAACACGAAACAGGGGAAAGUCGGCGCGGACGACGUCACGCUCAAGGACAACGGUACGAUGGUGCUCAAGCAGUUCGAGUACGACGCUGGCUGCCAAGGCUCCGCCUUCUUCAUGGCAGGGGCGGUGAAGAACGCAAAAGCGGCUGAUAUGACCAAGCUGCUGUACAAGGGAAAGACCGACAAGCUGGACAAGAUCACGAAGACAGACGUAACCCUCUCGCUGCCCGCUGGCCACGACUGGAUCGACUUCGCGUGGUUCUCGGUCUACUGCGUCGACUCAACACGGAGUCUCGCUGAAGUGGAUAUCGACAAGAAGAAAGCCGGAGCGGUGCCAGUCCUCGUGAAAGCAGUGAUACCGGGUCCGAAUCCUGGUCCAGCUGACGGUCCGACUCCACAUAAGCCGGCUGACGACAACAAGAAGACUGGAGGCAAGGGCAAUGCAGGCUCACUGUCCGUGCUGUCACUUCUUACCCUGACCAUCGCCGCGGUAAUGACAGCCCUGAUCGCUCGACAGUGCUUCGAGGGAGGCCAGCAUGUCAAGAGCUCUUGAGGACGGCUGCUUAUUUCCACGGGCCGGCGGGACUCGACCUGUGUUCGUGCGCAUUCUGCCUGGAGCGCCGCAAGGCCGACGUCAUGGACAGCGCGUGCAGCUCUUGCGCAUGCAACUCUAGUAGGGACCCCCGUCAUACGGCCUUGGAAAUAAAAGCCGACCGCUCUCCAUGGA